GAACCAGAGGGUGGGUGGUACUGGGCUCAUGUGUCCUUUAAGAACGGGGUUCUGUGUGCCCAGGAGGAUAUUGUACUUAAGCUGGCAAGGGGGGUGAUGAGUUAAGUAUCCAGACCCUGUCCUGUCUGUGAUCCUCCUCAUCUUCUCAAGUGCCGUGGAGAGAGAGAAUGCAGGGAGGCUCUGUGUUGGCAGUGGUAUGGCUCAUGGCCCUAACUGUUGCUGUUGCCCCUGGGCAGUAUCAGAAGCCAGCUUUUACCCCCAUCUUCACUGGCAGGCCUUUCAUUGUGGCCUGGAAUGUGCCAACUCAAGACUGCAAACCCCGCUUCAAGGUCCAGCUAGACUUCAGUAUUUUUGACGUACAGGCCUCCCCCAAUGAAGGCUUUGUGGACCAGAAUCUGACCAUUUUCUAUAAAGAGCGUUUGGGCCUCUAUCCAUACUAUGAUGGGCAGAAGAGGGCAGUGAAUGGAGGUGUCCCACAAAACAGUAGUCUUCUGCAGCACCUGGAACGAUUGCCGGAGGGGAUCCGUAAAUAUAUCCGUUCCGAGGAAAAGGAGGGACUGGCUGUCAUUGACUGGGAAGAGUGGAGGCCCAUCUGGAUCCGGAACUGGCAGACAAAAGACAUUUACCGUAGUGCCUCCCGUCAACUUGUAUUGACUCGGCAGCCUGGAUUGCAAGAGGACCAAGUGAACAAAGUGGCCCAGUAUGAGUUUGAGUCAUCAGCUCGUGAAUUCAUGGAGGCAACCCUGCGGUAUGCCAAGAACUUCCGGCCCCGGCAACUGUGGGGCUUCUACCUCUUUCCAGAUUGUUACAACCAUGAUUACAGCAAGAACCAGGAAAGUUACACAGGUCGUUGUCCUGAUGUAGAAGAGACACGCAAUGACCAUCUAUCCUGGCUUUGGAGAGAGAGCACUGCCCUUUACCCUUCCAUAUACCUGGACCAGGUGUUGGCCUCCUCUGCAAAUGGGCGGAAGUUUGUGAGGUCUCGGGUAAAAGAGGCCCUCCGUAUCUCCCAGCGCCAUCAUGAGCACUAUACCUUACCUGUCUUUGUCUACACAAGGCCUACUUAUAUCCGCAAACUGGAUGUGCUAAGUGAGAUGGACUUGGUCUCCACCAUUGGUGAGAGUGCUGCCCUGGGGGCAGCUGGUGCUAUCUUCUGGGGAGAUGCAGACUACACCAAAGGUCGGGAAACAUGCCAGACCAUUAAAACGUACCUGGAGAAUGAUCUUGGUCUUUAUAUCAUCAAUGUGACAACAGCAGCGGAACUCUGCAGCCAGACCCUGUGUAACAGUCAUGGUCGUUGCCUGCGCCAAGUGAGCAAUGCCAGCGUCUUCCUGCAUCUCAACCCAACAAGCUUCCAGAUCCAUCACAACCGUGAGAACAAGCUCGUGGCCGAAGGAAAGCUCUCUCAGGAUGACAUUGCCUUCCUACGGACUCACUUCCUGUGCCACUGCUACCAGGGAUGGCAUGGAGAAGGAUGCGAGGGGCAGCUGAACCCACCGGGUGGUGGCCCCUGCCUUUUCAGUAACGUGGGACUCCUGUUGCUCAUGAUGCUGUCUCUUCUGGCCUUCUUGCACUAGGCUGCCUCUAAGUGGAACCUCUGUGGCUGCAACUACUAGUUCCUGGGGCAUAGUUUGAGGAAGGGGUUGUGAUAGACAGUGGGGGUAGCCAGAAAGGAAGAAAUAGGAGCCACCAGCCUCUCUUUUGUAUCUUAUUUAGCAGCGAUGUAGCAGAUCUACUAUUUAAGUGACUGUCCUACCUCUCCGAUCUUGCCCUUUAAGUGGUGAAAGAAAGAAAAAAGCACCCUUCUCUCCAUUGGUAUUUUUUUUCUGUUGACAGACAGGUGGGCUACUAGAAGAAAGAACAGUUUUAGGGACUGGCAGAAGUAGGAGACUGGUAUGAGGUGUGGCCUGGUCUGCCUUCUCUGCUGGUGAUGUGGUGACCUCUGCUGCCCCUGGUCUCCAGUUGUCUGAAUGUGCCUUGGGUUAAGUCGGAGGGUGAGACAGUGGGGGGCAGGAUGGAAGGAUCUAAGUGCCUGUGUUCAGGAUUGUUUUUAGACCUUGGCUGCUGGGACUAGGAAGGGAGUGCUUGGUUCUUCUGUUAUAAGAGGGAGAGGGCGCAGUUAGUUCUAAGACAGGAGCCCUAGAGCAUACUUAGGCCUAAAGAGAAGUGUGGUGGGUUUGAUGGAGCUGCUGUAGUGAGGAAAAGUUGCUGCUGUGUUGAGUGUCCCCUAAAAGUUUCCUUUAGGAUAGAGGGUAGAGAAGAGGAAGAAUGCUGUUCAGCCACUGGGGAAUUAUUCUGGAGAGUCACAUGAUCUAUGAUGGGACAUACGCUUUGCAGAAGGUGGGGUGGGCUGGAUAAUAUUACCCACUGAUGUUACUGGGGAUGUGGAAUGCUGUGCCCUGUCUUUAUGUGGCUGGUGCUGAGUCAGUGCCCUGAAUAUUGCAGGAAAAACCAAAAAGUUUUACCUCAGAAUUAAAGACACACAAGAGAAUAUUUGGUGUCUUGCCCUGUGUGCCUGAUAAUUGCCCUGUUCUUUCCUACUGCUGUCUGCAACUUCAAGAUGAUUGGAAUUUCAAGCACCAUUUGCCCUCAGACCCAAAUAUUUUGACAUUACCUUUCCUUUGAGUAGUUUCUUCUGUUACAGGACUGUAGCUUAUACAAGUGUUGAUUGUGCUCCAGAAAGAAUUCUAAUUGUUUGGCUCAAGCUAUUCCCUUUGCCUGACAGUUCUUUGACUCUUCCAGCCUCUAGUAUGUGACCAAAAAUGGGAGACCAAAUGAAGUAAUAUUCACCCACUCUUCCCCCUCACCCCAGUUCUGCUGUUUGUAGAGGUGCCAUCUCCUGCCUGGCCUUCAGCUCACUCUCUAACCCUUCCUCCUGGAGAAGGAGAGUGCUGUUGCUUUGCCAGCACCUCCUGCUCCUUGUAUUUCAGCCAAUGAGAAUUGAUUGGCAUGACCAGACUGUUGCCAAAGUGAACAAGAUCAGUAAGUGCACUUGAGUGCUCCCACCAGGUUUGUGGCAUACACAGCAGAAUUAGAGGUGAAUCAGCCACCUCUUUACCCUCUGGUAACAUGUUUUUCAAUUCACCCUGCAAUAGUCUGUUUCUCAUAUUCAUUCUCUCUUCUCUCUAUCUUAUGAUUUCCAAAUGCAGCGAUGUAGUCUGGCGAUUCAUGGAAAUUUAGGUUGGAGUCUUAUUUUAGGGUUCUGGGCCAAGUGUGGUGUUCCCUACUGGGGCUACAAUGGGAGAAGGGUGAACACUUAAGCAGGAGGCAACUGUGCUGGUAACUUGAGAUGCCCCAUAAGGCAGAGCUGCAAUAAAGUCUGUGGCUUUCCUGUCCUUCAUGGAGCCCCAUGGUCAUUGGCACCGAGGAUAUAGGAAACUGGCCUUGAGCUAGCCAACCAAAAGCUUAACUUUGCCCAGUACUGUCACCAGCAGCCAUCUUUAUGUUCUCAGUCAGCGCUGUUUGUAGUUCUGCUUCCCAAGAUUGUCAAACUGGGAAAUGCUACAGAUGGAGCAUGUAAGCUGAGCCCCUGGGCUGCAGUGCUCCUUAGCCUAUUCUGUGCCAACACGUUGGGCUGUAUGUGAUUCUUGGUCAAGGGCAAGGAUUUUUUCAAAACUAAAUUCAUUGUUUUGAAAAAUCCAUUUAUGUUGCCUAGAAGGGGAGCCUGAUGUAAAAGAAAUGGUAGGCUAUGGUUUGAAGCCACCCCUUGUUACUUCACCAGAGAUGGGUUUCUGAUAGCAAAGCCUAAUCCUUUACACUGGAAGAUUAUGUUCUGAGAUCUAGAGGGCAAGGAACAUUCAGGCAUUCUUCAAACCAGUGAAUAUUCUGAGCUCUCCUGAGUAAAUUAAAAUUAGCCUGCAGUUCCAAGAAAGAGUCCUGACCUUAAAUAUUGUUCAUAUAAGUGAAAGUUCUGGGCAUGGAGGAAGAUAGUUAUCUGUUGACUUGGAUAUGGCAGCUGCUGCUUCACAAUAAAGCACAAUUCCCUGUAGAAAUUCAGGAAAAUAGUAAGGAGUAAUAUGAGCCAUGUAAAACGCUGCAGCCUAAGGAAUGUGCGUGUGUCUGCUUCUACACAAGCUAGCCAAGGCCAGCUCGGGGCAGGGUGGUGGUGCUUUUCUUAAAGAGUGCCCACCUUUUGAAUAGGAGGAAGGGAUACUCUGCUCUCAGUUAGUUCUUUUAAGAUAUUUAGCCCAUGUCCGUUAUGCAGAGUGCUCAAAAAUGUAUAAAAGGCUCUGUAACAAGAAAGAGUGGGCCUUUUAAAAUCAUAUACAAUUUGAAUAACUGGACAUAUUUUGCUAUUGGGAAUAGGAGAAUAUUGGGAAUAGCAGAUCUGUAAUCAUGUUAUUACAAAUUGGUAUUAAUAAUAAUCUGUCCUAAUAGUUAACAGGAAGCCACAGGCCAAAUUCAACUAGUGGGUGACUGUCAUUUGGCUUGCCUGUACCAGCUUCCAUUCUGUCUUGAAGCUGGGGAGAGAUUGUUCUGUCCUUCUAUUUCCCCUUCCUCAUAGCUUGCUGAAGGCUUGAGUCUGUUCAGAUAAAGCAAUUGGGAGAAAGCCAGAGGAUAUUUUAUGUUUUUAAGCAAAUGUAAUAAUUGCUGGCCCAUAUGGCCCAACUCAGGUUUGUUUAUUUCCCCUUCCCUGAAAACUGAGAAUGCAAGACUCUUCCACCACUAUUUUUUUAAAAUAUAUCUUUUCUUAAUAGCUCCUAUAUUACUAAGGUGUUGACUCAGGGGAUGGCAUGGCCUGUGGUUCCUCUCCAUCCUUUAGGAGAGCACCCCCUAGUGCUGCAAGAGAGCCAACAAAUCAAAAUAAUUAUUUUUUACUAGGAGGGUGGUGAGUCCACAAAGUGCCAUGUACUGAUAUUAUGAGUAUCUGCCAAUGGACACAGCUCAUGCAGGCCUUUGCCAGAUGUGUUUUAUUGUCCUACUUAUGUUGCAGCCCAUUGAUGAUUUGGUGGUAGGUUACAGUGUGGCACAAUGCCCUGGCUUCCUCCUCCUUAAUCCCCCCCCCUCUCAGGAGCAGGCACAGGUUUUCUGCCCUCCUUUUUGGUGUGAACUCUCUCAUAAUCUCUCAGGGUUUGAAGAAAGGGUUUUUGCACACAUUUCCAUAUACUCAAGACACUGAAGUCCAAAGAGUUUCCCUGUCUUAUUAUCUCUUUGGUCAUAUUGAUUGCAUGGUUAUCCAUCUCUGAGGCUGGAGGUUGCUUUGUUCUGUCAAAUUCUGUCUCUGGUUUGCUGCCACGCUAUACUUGGAUAGAGUCUGUCUUUCUUUAAGGCUGUGCCAACUCCAGAAGGAGAACCAUUUUAAAAAUACUGUUUCUGGAAGAACUUUCAAAAGACCUGUGAAUUUCAGGAAGCAUGGCAUGAAUGCUUAAAGUACUUUAAGGAACACAUUAUAGGACCAGCCAGCCUCCUUUGCAUACUCCAAAUCUUACUUUCAAUUUGUAGGUUAAGAUUAACUAGUGCUCCUGGUUUGGUACUCAUAAUCACUAGCAUCCAUUAGAAUUUUUGCUCUUUCUAUAGGCAUACAUUGAAAAAGUAGCAGAACUCUAUUGUUGUCACUCUUUAGCUACCCUGGCUCUGAAAGAAAGUCUGUAUUGUAUAGUUGCCAAGAAAGCAUGGUGGUCAGCUAGAGGAGUAAAGGAUUGACACAAAGUUAAAGUAUUCUGUACACGUGUGUGAAAGGUUCAUUAGAAAUGAAACGCAAUUCAUCUUUGUGACAGAGAUAUCUCACUUGUUCUGUGGCUUUCUGCAAGGGACGGACUUAAGCCUUCUAUAUCGGCACUGUACUGUGACCUCCUUACAUGGUAGCAGACUGUUACAGGGAUGGCACUGGGAAUGGACGUAGUUCCAAGGUAGAGUGGCUGGUUUCUACGGUCCCUAACUUCUCCAAAUUAAAGGACUUCUGUUGGAGUCCCUAGAAAGUGAUGGAUUAGUGGUCUGACUUAUUGUAAGGCAAAUAUUAAGUUCAUGUGGAAGGGAAAAGGUACACUUCUAGGAGGAGCAUCUCUACACUCUGCUGUCCCAUGAGAAAUGGGCUGGAUUAUGACCAUUGUUUCCCUAUAUCCUUACUAAGGACUUUAGUAAGGAUAUAUGCUACGAAUUUUACUUCAGUUAUUUUGUCCAUCUCCAUGAUGGAGCAAAUUUUAAAGCUAAGUACUUUUUGCUUUCUUUCUUCCCUUUUCUGCCAAUCAAAAGAGUAUCCAACAGUUCCCAAGACUUAUAAUGAGCAGCCUCUUUAGGGUUGCCAACCUCCAGAUGGGAGCUGGAGUUUUGGAAUUACAAUUCAUCUUUAGACUUUAGAGAUUACUUUCUCUGGAGAGAAUGGCAGCUUCCGAAGUUCGACUCUAUGGCACCUCAUCCCUGCUGAGCUCCCCCUCAAACUCCACCUUCCCCAGGCUCUGCUGGGAGUUGGUAGCCUGAAAUAAACCAAUACUACUAGUGCUUUGAGGGAUUCAAAUAUGUCUCCAGAGUUCAGAAGAUAUUUAUGAUAUUAGUUAGCCUUGAGUCUCUGCACUAAAUGGAUCCUGACCAGGCAGCUGAAGUGUUGAUCUCUCUCUUUUAUGGUACACUGAAAAGGUUUUGUUCACAUAACACAAAUGCUUUAAAUAACAUUUUACAAAUUUCAUGUGAGUUUUUACAACCCACUAAGAAUAUAUCCCUGGAUUUUUAGUGCACCAAUCCAAGUACAGGUUGGCGAUUGUGUUUUUAAGUGUGACCUGAAAGACCUGUGUAGGAGGGAGGGAGGGAGGGAGGGAGGGAAAGAGAGGUGUUUUUUUAGAGGCUUGGUUCAUCUGAUGUGCAAAAUACAUAUGAUUCAUGAUGAUUUUCUGCAUCAAGAAGAAGGGGAUAGACCUCAUUUGGAUUUUCUAUAGCCAUAAUAAAAACACUUGAGGCAAACCUAUGAAGAUGGCUCUUAGGUAGUCAUUGGGAAGAGAGACCCAGAAAAUAUGUACUUUGCGGGUCUGUGGCAUGAAGGAUGAGUUGCUGCCACUUUCUCUCUUAAAUAAUUAUUCUGAAAAGUGGGCUCGACUGAGGCCGGAGGUGAGGGCUGGUCAGCUGGUGGCAGCCUCUGGCUGUUUAUUACUAGUUGAAGAAUGGAUUCCUUGUCUGCAGCAUGGAGAGAGAGUGAGGCGAAACCUUGGGAUGAGGGAUAUGAAGAGGAAGGAUGUUAGGAACUGAGGGAGGGGAGGAGGAAGGGCACAAGGAGGGGAUUUGACGGGCACAAAGAGCAGGAAAGUCCUCUCCAACACAAGCAAUAUCAUACCAUAAAACACCACAGGAGUAGUGGGUUCCAAGGCAUAAGAUAAAAAUUGAUUAAAAUAUAGAAGGUGAAAUGUUAUGUUAUUAACUGAGGUCAGUCUGGCUUGGCUUUCUGAGAGGUUUAUUUCAACUAAUGUCAUCUUUCUAUUACAAAAGGUACAGCCUGAAGAGAGGAAAUUGAGGGUAGCAAAUGGGAAAGGAGUAGGCUACCAGAGGAUAUGGAGGAAGUUUCUAGUUCUCUAGCAGUAACAGGUCCUAGUUGUGGUCCUUUGCCAAGCCUGCCAUUCCUACAGCGCAUGCUUUGGCCUUUCCCCUGUGCCCUACUGGCCUCCCUAAACUGCUGCCUUUUCAUUCACCAGGUAUUGGCAAGGUCUGGAUUUCAUUUUUCUGACCUGUACCCAGCCAGCAGAGCAUGGAUGUCUUUCAACAACUAUACUCUGAUUGAUCAUGAGGAGCCAUCUAUGCUAUGCAGACCAAGAGUAGAUAAGACAGUUCACUUAGUUGCUCUAUUUUUAAAUGUCUUUCCUAAAUAAUUUCUCUGUUUUAGCCAAGGUUAAAUUAUUAUUCAACUGACAAAUCUGGCAUUCUUGGGAAAACAUGAUAAAACAGCUAGCUUGAACACAAAAAUAAUACUAUCUGCUUCAGGAUGGAUGGGGGGCAGAAAUGGCCCAGGAAAUGUGCCCCACCCUGCCCUGACCAUACCCCUCAAAGGAGGGAAAGGGAACACUUGCCUGACCAUCUCAGAUGAGGUGCCCGACAAAGGCACCUGGACAGGGUGAAAGUGGGAAGGGUGGCCCCAUCCUUUGCCAGGUGAGAUAAAGCCAGGUGUCUCACUACAGCAAGGCUGGGCAAGGCAGCUUCUUCCCUUACCAAAGUGAAGCCAAGCAGUGCCAUCCCAUUCCUUGAGAGGUACAGCUGGGUAGGGCAGCCCCAAUCCCAUCUCUUGUUGGGCAAGAUGAGGCUGGGUGGCUCCACCCGUUUCUCACUAGGUGAGGUGAAACCAGGUGGAGUGGCCCUGUUUUGACCCUUGCUGGGUUGGGUGUUCCCUUCUCUUGCCAGGCAAGGUGAGUCUGAGUGUCCCGUCCCUCACUGGGCAUGGUGAGGCCAUGUAGGAUGGUCCUGUCCCUUGCUGCAGCAUCCACCCCUGUUUUAGGGAUGGGGUGGCUGUGGUGGUGUGGUAGCCCCUGGGACUGGGUAGCCCCAGUGGAAGGGGGCAGGCCACUGGCCAACCAGGACUCGUCCAGGUGGCCUUAAUGGCCAGUCUGCCCCUGAUCUGUUUUAUUUUUACUCUAAAUAUCAAUGUAUGACACGCACACACACACACACACCAACCUUUGGAUGAUUCAAGCCAUAAUUUUAAAAAUAUUAAAAAUAUGUAAGUCCAGGAAAUUAUACUGGUACCUGUUCAGAAACCCACCUCCCGCAUGUCCACAAUUUCUUCUUAGGCUUAGGGAGAAGGUAACUUCUUCCAGGGUAGAGAAUUGUUCACAGCAAGUUCAUGCUGUGAAAUGAAAAGAUCCUUGUGCUACCAAUGAUGAGAGUGCUAGAUUCUAUUGCCUUGGGGUUUCAACAGGGCAAGUGCCAGUGAUAGCAGAAAGAGCAAGUUCAACCCAUUUCCCUACAACCUUGAUGGUUCUCAUGUGGUGGCACUGAAGCUCCCCUCCUUUUCUUUCAUCUUGGUAAUACCACAGAGCAAUCAUCAGCUAUCUAGUCACGGCCAUGACCACUCACGGCUUUGACUGGAGUGCUGAAAAAGGGCCUUGUUCUGAGAAGCUAAUCCUAUCCACAGAAAGGGGUGCCUGCUGGGCUCAGUGCCUGUAAGCUCACCUACUCCAUACAAAGGCCUUCAGAUAUAGAACAAGGUUGUCAAAGUAUCAGUUUAGAAUCCUCUUCACAGAACCUUAAAAUGUCCAGAAUUUCCAUAUUGGUGAGAAGUAGGCGUUCCCAAACUUACUGCAUUUCACAGCAGCAUCAAAAGCUACUUCACCCCAGAACGGUGAAUGCAGUGAGCAUAGCUAAAUAAAAGUCCAGUGGCAUCUUAAAGACUAACAACAUUUUUUUCAAUCUGAGCUUUUGAAAGCUACAGCUCACUUCCUCAGAUAUUCUGUGGGAAAUCAAACUGGAAAUUCUACUUAAGAGCAAUACUACAAGGGGGGAAUCUUCCCGUUAACUAGAAUUUGAUUUCACUCCACAUGUCUGACUGUGACUCACAAAAAAUUCAUGUUGAAAUAAAUGUUGUUAGUCUUUAAGGUGUCACUUGAUGUUUAUUUUAUCUUGCUAUAACAGACUUGGCUACUCCUUUUGCAAUCAUUGCAGCUACCUUGCUUCUUCACAAUUUCCUCUUCUUAUCUGAGAUGGAAGAAUCCCCAGGCAUGCUUUUCUUAUACUGUAUGUGAUUGAGUGGGGUGUAGAGUUCACCCUUCUUUGUCCUCUUCUCUCCUUCUCUGCCUUCUUUCACUUCACUUCUCAUGUGGCACUGCAAAAGCACAUAAACAGCCACAAUCAACUUAUAAUAAUCUGAGAGAGAGAGAGAAGAAAAACCCCUUUGAGCCAUCUGCUUUCUUCCUACUGCUUGCACAGCAAGUUAGCCAUGUUUGGGGUAACAGCUGAAGUAAAGCAAAGAAAAACCUGCACUCUCUCCAGCCACCAGCACAUUCUUCCACUCAGGGAUUUUUUUCUGGGAAAAGAGGUGGUGGAACUCAGUGGGUUGCCCUCGGAGAAAAUGGUCAUGUGGCUGAUGGCCCUGCCCCGAUCUCCAGACAGAGGGGAGUUGAGAUUGCCCUCCACGCAGUGGUGUGGAGGGCAAUCUAUACUUCCCCCUGUCUGGAGAUCAGGGGAUGAGGCCACCAGCCAUGUGACCAUUUUCAAGAGGUUCCGGAACUCUGUUCCACCAAGUUCCAGCUGAAAAAAAGCCCUGCUUCCACUCAUACUCUUGGUUGAAACUUUGUGGCCAAACAUAGAUCACCUCCCAGGCACCCAGGUGAAUGCUACACUGAACAAGCCUGUGGAUUUUCUCACAUUUGCUCAUGUGCAAAGUGCCAACAAGUCACAACCAACUUAUGGCAACCUGUCAUGGGGUUUUCAUGGCAAGAGAUUAUCAGAGGUGGUUUACCAUUGUCAGCCUCUGUGUAGCAAACUUUGCCUUCCUUGGUGAUCUCCCAUCCAAGUACUAACCAGGGCCAACACUGCUUAGCUUUCCAGAUCUGAUGAAAUUGGGCUAGCCUGGGCCAUCCAGGUUGGGGUACAUUUGCUUAUGAGAGUGCAAAAGGUCGUGUACCUUGUACAAAAGUCCUUGAUUCUUGUAGAUAUAGAAAAAAAAAUCUUAUGUGUGGCAAUGGUAACUAAGAUAGUGUUCUCCAACAAGUAGCUCAUGAAGCUAUGGGAGUUCUCCAGCUGCUGCAGAGUACUUUAUGAAUCCCCUAGAACACUGAAGAAAAGAUCAUGGAAAGAUCCGCUGUAGAUUUUAAGAAAAUAGUUUUGAUAGGAUUUUUCUCUGUGCUUAGCUUGUAGGUUCAUUUCCGAAACACUUCCUAGUCUAUGUUGUUUCUAGGAUACAGAACACAACUUGGUAAGCAGGAGGGAUAGCUUGUGAUAUUUGUCAUUCAGAAGUAUCUCUCAUUAAAGAAAAGAUUGACGAGUUAUGAUUUAAAAGGUUUAGGGCUAGAGUUGUGGAUAAUGGAAAAGGGUCCAUGUCAGUUUGGAUGGGGGGUGGGGGAAUGAAGGCCUUUGUACAUAAUAAAAAAAAUUGCAGCCCAUCCACAUAGCAGGUGGGUGGUUGGGUACCUUGCACAAUUACUCCCUCCCUAUUUAUGCCUUGCUGUAGAUGACACACUGUUCAUCUUCUUUGUUGGAGUGUGUAAAGUUGAUUCUAAUUCAACCAGAGGGAGGGAGGUACAGUCUGGAACUUGUAGAAGCUUCACAUCACGUCCAUGUUUUGUACUACCUGAGGCAAUGGCAGUGACUCUCUAGAUAGACAAUAGCAGCUGGCUACUGCAUUAAAAUCUGCUGAGUAAGAACUGGCAAUGCCUAGAUUUGAUGAAAAUAUUUCCAGAAGGUUUUUUUAAAGUUAUAAAAACACAGUUAUUACUUGUCUGAGAUCCAGAUGCCUUCCCUCCAAGUAGCACUUCUGUUGCUAGGAUAUUGCAUGUUCCAAGCACAACAGUCACUGGGAAAAAUAACAUCUCUUCUGUCCCUUUAAAAACAUUUUAAAGUUGUAUUUAAUUGGUUCUCCUGACUUCUGUAUAAAAUGAGUGCUCCCCAUGCAUAUAUAGUCUUUUUUAAAAAGUUGUAAACACCAACAGGGCUCAGCUCUCCCUCUUCCCCUUAAUUUUCAAAACUGACAACAUAUUUGUUCUUGAGAGGCUUUCAGCAUUGGAGCAUCUCUUCUGUUUCCCUUUAAGUAUACUUGAUAUGGAAGACAGCUAUUAGUGCUCCAUUCCAGGAACAAGAUUACCCUCCCUGUGUCUUGGGAACAGGAUAUUCAGUUGUUGGCACUAGGUUGGCACUAAUGUGAGUUUAGUGUUAAAAGUAUUUUUUACUAUGGAAAGAACUCCCCAUCAGCAGCCAGUAGUGAUGUGAGGGAGAGGUUAACUCCACAUAGGAUAUUUGCUUUUUCCUCUGAUGAGCUUGUCAAGAAUGUUGCUCUCUACCCACCCACCUCUAUUUACAUGUUCUUUCAUCAGGGGAGUCCAGUAAAAAUAAUUCUCCACCUUC